AGCUCUAUUUACUCCGCUCAAAACAACUUGUGACAUUUCUCGACGUCAAAAUCAGCUGUUUUGCCUUCGUGCAGUGCACUGCCUGGAUAUUCUCUGGUUAUGCUUGUGUUUCAUUUGGGUUUCCGGAAUAUUUUUAGAAAUUAUAGAACUUUUUGUGAUCGUUUGUUGGCAGACAAGUUAACUUAUCGCUCAUUAGGCACCAUGGUGGAUGCAAAGUUAGAAGCUGUGCCGCCGGUGGAAAUCGACGAGGGAAUCUUCAAGUACGUGCUGAUCAAAGUCUACGGCAAGGAGAAAUCCGAUGGCAGCGAGCCAAGUAAGAACAUUGUGCGGGGUUUUGCACGGGCUAACUGGCACUCGGACAUCUACGACGAGGUGAGCUCGUCGCUGGAAGGUCUAGGACUGGCGACGGAAUGCCUCGGAGGAGGUCGGAUCGAACAUCGGGCCGACCGAAAGUGGAUCAAGGUUUACGGAUAUUCGCAGGGUUAUGGAAAAGCCGAUCACCUGGAAGCGAGACGAAUUCUGCUGACCCAGUACGGUGGCUAUGAGAUUGAAACGUCGGACGAGGGCUAUUGAGGUGUGCGGGGGCUAGAGCGAUGCAAUAAACGCUGGCUUGUCAGUGCAA